AUGGCUGAAGAGCAGGAUUACGAGUUCACCACCGGUGGUGCCGACGCCUCUCUAACCACUCCCACACAAUGCUCGGCCCUCCGCAAGAACGGGCUUGUCGUCAUCAAGGGACGUCCUUGCAAGAUUGUCGACAUGUCUACCUCUAAGACUGGCAAGCACGGCCACGCCAAGGUCCACCUUGUUGCGACAGAUAUCUUCAACGGGAAGAAAUACGAAGAUCUUUGCCCUUCCACCCACAACAUGGAUGUUCCCAACAUUAAGGUUGAGAAGAAGUCUCUUGUAUACGUCGAGCUCGACAAAAGUGGAGGAGAUGACCACUUCUUUGUCUUGCAGGAUCUUGAGACUGGCGAUGAGAGCCGUGAGCACAAGGUGCCCAAUGAUGAGCUCGGUAACUACGUCUUGAAAGACCUGGUAGACUCGGAUGAGGGAGCCAUUCUAGAUGACAGCAAGGACAUUCUUAUCACUCUCACUCAUGCCAUGAACAUCGUCCAAGCGACUAAGGUCGAACUUAGGGAACGAAAGGAUGAUUAA